AUGGCGAGCCGAGAUGUGGAUGCGCUGUGGCAGGAGCUGGAGAUGGAGAAUGAGUACAGGAAUGUGGAAGUCUCUCGGCUCUUAAAGAAGUCAAUGGCUGUGGGAGGAAACACCAAGAAAGCCAAGACCUCUUCCACCCGACGAGCUACGAGCGCACACACGACGACACAUUCUCCCACUCGCAACAACAACAAGCCUUCUAAGGACGAGGAAAGUUUCAGUCUACCGAAAAUGCUUAAUCGAUUGGCGGUUGAGCAGCGCGGUGUGCGCAAGAAGGCAGCCAUUGCGCUGGAAACGCAGUUCCUGAACGAUGCAGAGCAGCAGGCGGCUCAGAGCGCAGCGACUGACGCCUUUGUGGAGAUGGCCAAGCCGUUGUUUAAGCGCUUCAACGACCCGGUGGAGAAGGUGCGCGAGGUUUGCAUUCGCCUUACCACAAAGUGCAUCGCAGAGGAGGAAGAUCUGCUCCGCUACUUGCCAUAUCUCAUGCCAGCGAUCACGAAGCGCAUUAACAGCCAGUACGGCUACGACGAAGAGAACCAGGUCUUCUCACGCGACCAAUUCCUACACGACGCUUUCAAACGCGGAAGAGUCUAUGUGGCGGAGAAUCAGGUGACUCACAUUAAGCCCGACGAGCCUUCUGAAGAGAUCCGUCUGCUACUACUCGGCUUGGUAGACGCAGUCUUGCAGAACGCAUUUGAGCGUCGAGCGUCAUCCAUCCUUCAUGCGUACAUUUUUGACGUCUUGUUGGUACUGAUUAGUGGCGUGCGCGACGACUUUCACGAGGUUAACAUCGCGAGCUGCCGAAUCCUUGCGAGUAUUAGCAACCACAUGGUCUCCGUCAUGAAGCACUUCAGUGUAGCAACAGUGCGCACCCUCAUGCCACUGCUGCUUCACCGACUGGCACGUGUACGAGUUGCAGCCGUGGAAACGAUUCGUGCACUGGUGACGUGUCCAAAUGUCGAGAAAUGCAAAGGCAGUGGCACUGAGGCCAUCGUCGAUCUUAUCGGACAUCGCGACGAGAACGUUAUCCCUGUGGCGUCAUUCUACACAACCGAAGUACGGCUAAACUACUUUGCCAAGCUCGAUCAAGACCGGAAUCCCAUGGUACGUCGUGCAUUUUUCGCAAUGAUCAGCGACUGGAUGGUCAACCUUCCCGACCGCUACGAUCACGAGUCCCGUUUGCUGCCAUAUUUGCUCAGUGCAGUCAGCGAUGAGGAUCCUGAAAUUUCUGGAGACGCACUGAAAACUCUUGAGAUUCUAGGAGAGAGAUACGAACGAGAACAUGGAGAAGAGGUUAUUGAAAUCAAGCAGUAUGGAGUGGACGGCAAGAACCCCAUGUACAACUACCGAGCUCCUUUGCCUGAGCCAUUUGUCGCUGGCCGACCGUCCCUAGGCACGCGGCUAUUUGUACGUGGACGAGCUCGACGAUUCCUUAACCCGAUCUUGCGUGAGCUUGCCAAUUGGCAAGAUUCCACUCGCGCUCAUGCAGUGCGCCUCUUGAAGUGUGUGCUUGUUUACUGUGAAGAGACCAUUACGGUGGACGUGCAUUUGUUAGUGAAUACACUUCUGCGGACUUGGGGUGGCGAUCACGAUCUGCUCCCGGAGCUGAGGCAGUGCGCUGAUCUCACGGGACGUUUUGCAGCCCCAAGAACCUAUUUGCCUUUAAUACUUUCGCGCAUCCGAGGAGAUUCAGACGUUGUUGUGCCACUCGCAGCAACGAUGGGAGGUGGCGCCUCUGCUGCUUCACAGGAAGCAAUGGCUUUACAGGUCUUGCACUGCUUCCUUCAAGGUUCACUGGACAAAAUGGUGCUUCCACAUGUGCCUGAUAUUCUCGAUGCUAUCGCACUACCGUCGAUCCUAGAUCUUGAGAGUAGUGCAGUGAAACUGGCACUGGGGCAAGUACUCUUGCACCUUACGAAGCUGCUGGAGAGUAAGUGUACUAUCCGACUGCUACUAUCUACAUCAUAA